AUGGAGUACUCAUGCAAGUCUAUUAGAUAUCCUGAAGAGAGACGACCAACAAGUAGCAAGGUAUGUAGGCUAUACGUUGCACCAUUAUGUAGUGAACAAAAUUGACAUUUUAUGUCCUCAGGACAGAAGACUAUCAUCUGUCCACCGCAAAUGUCUAUUUAUUUUUAUAACCUCUUUCUUGGUGAACUUUGCUUUUUGGUAAACCAAUGCCUGAUAGGGCCAAGUGUACUAAGCUCCAAUACUUAUUAAUUUCGAUUGCUUUCCUAUUAGUUUGUAGAGCUCCAUGUUCUGUUUGUACCAAAUGAACAGUGGAACUUAAAACUGAAUAGAGUUUCGGUUGAAGCCAUAGAGAGCUUCAUAUCUGCUGGAUUCAUCAGGUGAGAUAUUUAUUAAAUGAGACCAGUAUAGCUUACAAUUUGUAGGAAUAUUUGUAAUAGAAAAUAUGUACAGAAUAUGUAAAGAAAACUGCAGAUUAAACAGUCAACAAGAUACUUUGAUGGUUGUUGUCUUCACCUAUAUUGUAUUGAUGUGAAGAUGUUUUUGAACAUAGUGCCUCUUCACUGUAAAUUAUGUUGUUUUCAUGCCAGGGUGUCUCCUGAUAUAUCUCUCAGAACUCUCAGGAGUGAGCUCGGCAUUCUCCUCGGAGCUGAGAGAGAUAUUGACAAGUUUUCAUUUCUAAAAUGCGUGGGCCAAAGCUUGGCAUUGGUGAGUAUAGCAGGCCUAGUUCAGGGAUACAUGUACAUUACAUUUUAAUCAUUUAGCAGACGCUCUUAUCCAGAGCGACUUACAGUUAGUGAGUGCAUACAUUUUUCAUACUUGCCCCCCGUGGGAAUCUAACCCACAACCCUGGCGUUGCAAGCGCCAUGCUCUACCAACUGAGCUACAGGAGGCCUCCAAUUGCUUAUAGCUUGUGUUUCAUUUGGCAAACUGGCACGAGGUGAUUCAUUGUACCACUGCACUUGUAUUUUUUUAACAGGUCAAAGCCAAACAAGAAAGAGAUCUGAAAGUGAAGUAUUUUGCCCCUCCAUAUGUAUGUACCGUACAUUCAGCUUUAAUUUUUCAAUUUGUUUUAUAUUGUGCCUUCAGAAAGUAUUCGUACCGCUUGACUUAUUCCACAUUUUGUUGUGUUACAGCCUGAAUUUACACACAAUACCCCAUAAUGACAAAAUGUAGAAUAAGUCAAGGGGUAUGAAUACUUUCUGAAGGCACUGUAGAUAGUAUAGUAUUAAUAUAAGUGAAAGAAAGAAAUCUAUAAAUAACAAGCUUGUAGCAUGCCCUAUCCUUAUGUCAUGAUCCUCUCCUACUCUCCAGGCCCCUCAGCCAGAGCUGUACCUGUUGCCCAUGGUGGAGAGCGUCAACAGUGUCUGCUCACAGUCCCUCACCCCUGACACCCACAGCCACUCCACAGACCCCCAGACUUACUACACUGCCAGAGUGCGAGGAAUGCCAACAGGGACAAAAGAACCUUUUAAAUUCCCUCAGAUCCCCCAGGGUCUCCAGCCACAGCCCCCUCCCUCCCCCAGCCCCGAUGAGGAGGAGGCGGAGGAAGUGGAGAGCUAUAGCUCCACAGAGGAGAACGAGGAGGACCUUCUCUCCUCUCAGAAGCCUUGGUGCGCUGAGGAUGACCACCUCCUGAGGAAAGCCCAGGGGCCACCCCAGCGUGUCAUAGAGGCUAAAGGUGAGAGUUAAAGGGAUAGUUCAUUACAAAAUUAAAGUUUUUUUCGUAGAUGUUUUCGUACCCGAAAAGUGGUCUUGUAUGAAAUUGUCUGAAAAACUUAGAUUUUGGGGUGAACUAACCCCUUAAACUGAUGUUUCUAAAAGCAAGUCAACCUUGUACUUGUUGUAACAGACAGACUUGUUGUUACAACCAUUUACUUUCAAUCCAUUUGGGCAGAAUCAGUCGUGAAGGUGGCGCCAGCUAAGAAGAAACAGCGUUUCAAGAGAAACCGAGCCAGAGAUUCGGGGGUUCCAAUGUCACUGGAAGAUCAUGAUUCUGUGUUUUCUCCCACCCAAGACAGGUAACACACAGAGGAACCCUUUUGCCGUAACAGAGAGGAAGAGAUCUACCAACUUCAGAGCAAUUUAAACCCUGGUUACAGGCACUGAAUUUCUAGAUUAUAGUCAUUUGAAAUACAGUACCAGUCAAAAGUUUGGACACACCUUCUCAUUCAAGGGUUUUUCUUUAUUUUUACUAUUUUCUACAUUGUAGAAUAAUAGUGAAGACAUCAAAACUAUAAAAUAACACAUAUGGAAUCAUGUAGUAACCAAAAAAGUGUUAAACAAAUCAAAAUAUAUUUUAUAUUUGAGGUUCUUCAAAUAGCCACCCUUUGCCUUGAUGACAGCUUUGCACACUCUUGGCAUUCUCUCAAACAGCUUCAACUGGAAUGCUUUUCCAACAGUCUUGAUGGAGUUCCCACAUAUGCUGAGCACUUGUUGGCUGCUUUUCCUUCACUCUGCCGUCCGACUCAUCCCAAACCAUCUCAUUUGGGUUGAGGUCGGGGGAUUGUGGAGGCAGGUCAUCUGAUGCAGCACUCCAUCACUCUCCUUCUUGGUAAAAUAGCCCUUACACAGCCUGGCGGUGUUUUGGAUUAUUGUCCUGUUGAAAACAAAUGAUAGUCCCACUAAGCCCGAACCAGAUGGGAUGGCGUAUCACUACAGAAUGCUGUGGUAGCCAUGCUGGUUAAGUGUGCCUUGAAUUCUAAAUAAAUCACAGACAGUGUCACCAGCAAAGCACCCCCACACCAUAACAUCUCCUCCUCCAUGCUUUAAGGUGGGAACUACAUAUGCAGCGAUCAUCCGUUCACCCACACCACGUCUCACAAAGACACGGCGGUUGGAACCAAAAAUCUCCAAUUUGGACUCCAGACCAAAGGACAAAUGUCCACUGGUCUAAUGUCCAUUGCUCGUGUUUCUUGGCCCAAGCAGGUCUCUUCUUAUUAUUUGUGUCCUUUAGUAGUGGUUUCUUUGCAGCAAUUCGACCAUGAAGGCCUGAUUCACACAGUCCCCUCUGAACAGUUGAUGUUGAGAUGUGUCUGUGUCUUGAACUCUGUGAAGCAUUUAUUUGGGCUGCAAUUUCUAAGGCUGGUAACUCUAAUGAACUUAACCUCUGCAGUAACUCUGGGUCUUCCAUUCCUGUGGCGGUCCUCAUGAGAGCCAGUUUCAUCAUAGCACUUGAUGGUUUUUGCGACCGCACUUGAAGAAACGUUCAAAGUUCUUGAAAUGUUCCGUAUUGACUGUCCUUCAUGUCUUAAAGUAAUGGACUGUCGUUUCUCUUUGCUUAUUUGAGCUGUUCGUGCCAUAAUAUGGACUUGGUCUUUUACCAAAUAGGGCUAUCUUCUGUGUACCCCCCCUGCCCACCUUGUCACAACACAACUGAACCAUUAAGGAGGAAAGAAAUCCACAAAUUAACUUUUUAAGAAGGCACACCUGUUAAUUGAAAUGCAUUCCAGGUGACUACGUCAUGAAGUUGGUUGAGAGAAUGCCAAGAGUGUGCAAAGCUGUCAUCAAGGCAAAGGGUGGCUAUUUGAAGAAUCUCAAAUAUAAAAUAUAUUUUGAUUUGUUUAACACUUAUUUGGUUACUACAUGAUUCCAUAUGUGUUAUUUCAUAGUUUUGAUGUCUUCACUAUUAUUCUACAAUGUAAAAAAUAGUAAAAAUAAAGAAAAACCCUUGAAUGAGAAGGUGUGUCCAAACUUUUGACUAGUAGUGUAAAUAAGCACAAUAUUGUUUAUUUUUCUCUUUGGAGGUUCAGGAAAUAUAAAGAUGCACAGACACAGAAGUAUAUCAGGAUUAAACGAAAAAAUGAGGUAAGAGAUGCUUGCGUGCUGCUUACAUACUUAUUGAAAUGGCAUUAUGUUACAAUUACCAUAUUUUUCUGUCAUAGCCAGCCUAUUGAAAAUCUGCAAGCCCAUUCAAUUGUGUUUUCUUGAAGGUGUAGUUCCAUCAAGUACUGCACACUAAGGGAGGUUGUUGAGACAACUCAAGAGUAGUUUUAUUGUAAAUGUCCAGCGCCUUGUAAAAAACGUGUGGCUUUGUUACUGCUUCAAAAUUCCACAGCCAGCAGGUGGGUUGAAUUGAAAAGGGGGUCUUAAUCAGGGAAAUACACUACCAGUCAAAAGUUUGGACACCUACUCAUUCCAGAGUUUUUCUUUAUUUUUAAAAUUUUUUACAUUGUAGAAUAAUAGUGAAUACAUCAAAACUAUGAAAUAACACAUAUGGAAUGAUGUAGUAACCAAAAAAGUAUUAAACAAAUCAAAACAUAUUUUAUAUUUGAGAUUCUUCAAAUAGCCACCCUUUGCCUUGAUGACAGCUUUGCACACUCUUGGCAUUCUCUCAACCAGCUUCAUGACGUAGUCACCUGGAAUGCAUUUCAAUUAAAGGUGUGCCUUGUUAAAAGUUAAUUUGUGGAAUUUAUUUCCUUAAUGCAUUUGAGCCAAUCAGUUGUGUUGUGACAAGGUAGGGGUGGUAUACAGAAGAUAGCCCUAUUUGGUAAAAGACCAAGUCCAUAUUAUGGCAAGAACAGCUCAAAUAAGCAAAGAGAAACGACAGUCCAUCAUUACUUUAAGACAUGAAGGUCAGUCAAUACGGGACAUUUCAAUAACUUUUAAAGUUUCUUCAAGUGCAGUCGCAAAAACCAUCAAGCACUAUGAUGAAACUGGCUCUCAUGAGGACCGCCACAGGAAUGGAAGACCCAGAGUGACCUCUGCUGCAGAGGUUAAGUUCAUUAGCGUUACCAGCCUCAGAAAUUGCAGCCCAAAUAAAUGCUUCACAAAGUUCAAGUCACAGACUCAUCUCAACAUCAACUGUUCAGAGGGGACUGUGUGAAUCAGGCCUUCAUGGUCGAAUUGCUGCAAAGAAACCACUACUAAAGGACACCAAUAAGAAGAAGAGACCUGCUUGGGCCAAGAAACACGAGCAAUGGACAUUAGACUGGUGGAAAUUUGUCCUUUGGUCUGGAGUCCAGAUUUGAGAUUUUUGGUUCCAACCGCCGUGUCUUUGUGAGAAGCGGUGUGGGUGAACGGAUGAUCUCCGCAUGUGUAGUUCCCACCGUAAAGCAUUGAGAAGGAGAUGUUAUGGUGUGGGGGUGCUUUGCUGGUGAUGCUGUCUGUGAUUUAUUUAGAAUUCAAGGCACACAACCAGCAUGGCUACCACAGCAUUCUGCAGCGAUACGCCAUCCCUUCUGGUUUGGGCUUAGUGAGACUAUCAUUUGUUUUUCAACAGGACAAUGACCCAACACACCUCCAACACACCUCCAGGCUGUGUAAGGGCUAUUUUACCAAGAAGGAGAGUGAUGGAGUGCUGCAUCAGAUGACCUGGCCUCCACAAUCCCCCGACCUCAACCCAAUUGAGAUGGUUUGGGAUGAGUCGGACAGCAGAGUGAAGGAAAAGCAGCCAACAAGUGCUCAGCAUAUGUGGAAACUCCUUCAAGACUGUUGGAAAAGCAUUCCAGUUGAAGCUGGUUGAGAGAAUGCCAAGAGUGUGCAAAGCUGUCAUCAAGGUGGCUAUUUGAAGAAUCUCAAAUAUAAAAUGUACUUUUUUGGUUACUACAUGAUUCCAUGUGUGUUAUUUCAUAGUUUUGAUGUCUUCACUAUUAUUCUACAAUGUAGAAAAUAUUAACAAUAAAAAAUAAACGUUGAAUGAGUUGGUUUGUCCAAACUUUUGACUGGUACUGUACGUCCAGAGGAGUACUUAAACUAUUUUCUUGGCAUGCAGACAGAAAUCGAUUCGCUUCAACAACAAAAAUAAAAUCACAUUUGACCAAUUGUUUAUUUUCAUGUAGGUCCCUGGACACCCAGUGACUAUGCCUACACCUACCGAGUACGCUUCUCCAUUCCCCGCCCCAACCCUGGGCACUCGUAAAAUGGCUGCCCCUGUCUUCCUAACAAGUAGUAAGCAGGCAUUUCUGUGAUAUUGUCUCAGUCAUCCAUAUUGUUGUUGUAGAAAUGUAAGGCGCAAAUUACAUGGUAUGUUUCCUCCCUCCCUCAGGAGAUGAACUGAUAGAGAAAAUUAAGAUGGCAAAAGAGGAGAGAAAGCAACUAGAACAGACAAGACAAGAGUUGCUGAGAAAAGGAAAAGACUUGCUGGCACAGAACAGACACCGUCGAAAUCAAGGUGGUGUAUGUCUGGACUAGUUAUUUUGCACCCCCUUUUCAGGAUAUGACAAACGCACGUAUGACCCCCUUCUAAUGUAUUAUCAUCUCAUUAUGAUCCAGAUUAAAUACCAACAAGCUUGUUUAACUAUAAAAAUAAGCUGUGCGACAGGGCACAGCAAAAUAAAUUACUGGCCUGCCCUACAACAUAGAAAUGACUAUUGUGAUGCAUAAUUGCCAUGGUUUGCCAUUGUGAUGCAUAUUUUAUAAUAAUAAUAAUAAUAAUAAUAAUAAUAAUAAUAACUAGAUUGAAACCCUUGAAUGAGUAGGUGUGUCCAAACUUUUGACUGGUACUGUAUGUGGUCACCAAUUGUGUGGUUGUGGUCAGAAGUUGUGUGGUUGUGGUCAGUUGUUGUAGUCAGUAGAUGAGUGGUCAGUAGUUGUGUGGUGAGAAGUUGUGUGGUUGUGGUCAGAAGUUGUGUUUUGUGGUCAGUGGUUGUGGUCAGUAGUUGUGUGGUUGUGGUCAGAAGUUGAGUGGUUGUGGUCAGUAGUUGUGGUCAUUAGAUUUGGUCAGAAGUUGUGUUUUUGUGGUCAGUAGUUGUGUGGUUGUGGUCAGAAGUUGUGUGGUUGUGGUCACUAGAUGUUGUCAGAAGUUGUGUUUUUGUGGUCAGUAGUUGUGGUCACUAGAUGUGGUAAGCAGUUGUGUCGUUGUGCUCAGAAGUUGUAUGGUUGUUGUCAGUAGUAGUGUGGUUGUGGUCACUAGAUGUGGUCAGCAGUUAUGUGGUUGUGGUCAGAAGUUGUGGUCAGUGGUUGUGUGGUUGUGGUCAGUUGUUUUGGUCAGUAGUUGUGGUCAGUAUUUGUGGGGUUGUGGUCUGUAGUUGUAUGGGUCAGUUGUUGUGUGGUCAAUAUUUGUGUGGUUGCGGUCAGUAAUUGUGGUCACUCUUCACCCUCGUCAUAAUUUCUGCCCUCUGUGUCUGUGAGUAUUCAUAGCAACGACACCAUUUAGGCUGUUCAAUGAUGACUCAGAGACCUGUUAGUAGACGUCAACUAGCAACUUUUUAAAACUCAAAACUCAGACAAACAACUACGUGUUUAUUGGUAGAAGCUAUUCCUAAUCCACUCUAUCCAGUCAGAGGGGUACAGCCCAGCCUUCUCUUUAGAGACAGGCAAACGAGCCUGUUAAGUUAUUUAGUGCACUUAGCAUGAUCCUGGAAAAGGAGGACAAAGCUAGAAAGCAUUAGAAAUAUUCUCUUUAUCAUUCCAGGUCGUCCAGAUCGGGAAAGUAUUGUUAAUAUUAACGCUAUCUGUUUUGUCUGAAACAUAUUGAUAAAUCAUGGGAAUUUAAAGAACUAUGAAGACAUACAUUCCAGCGAGCCAAACGUUGCUAGGCAACAGUAGCCUUGGCAACACUGCUGCCUUUUGGCUAAAGCAAGUGAGAAACAUGCUAACAUACGGUAAGUUUGUGCUUUAAUAUUAACUAAAUACUGCACUCUGACCCACAAAAUGUCUUUGCUAGAUUCAUGAUAGUGUUGUUAGACAAAUCAAGGAAAGUGAACUUCAAAAUGUGAUGUAGUUUUACUGCAAUUUGCAGCUGUUGUUGGUAAAUUAAUCUGCUAGCUUCUGACAUGAUUUACUGUAGCUAGAAAGAGAGCAGUUGAUGGGUUCCUAAAACAGCUCUCUCUAGAGAUUGGUAGACGGUAUUCCUAAUCCAUUUUCGGAUUUUACAAGCAGAGAAGUAGGGGAAGAUUUCAUACCUUGGAAUAUUUGUGUCUAACUUGUUGGGUUAGUGGUCAAAACGGCAGUUGCUUGGAAAAAGGUGGAAGAAAAUGUGCAGUUACUAAAACAGCCAGAGUGAAUAUUGUGGUUCCGCGAACAGAUAUGAAAUCCUUUCAAAUUCCCAUCGAUAGUCAGUAUUGGUCAGCAGUAGUGGUCAGUAGUUGUGUGGUUCAGUACUUGUAGUCAGUCUCUUCACUCUCCUCAUAAUUUUGGCCCUCUGUGUCUGAGUAUCCUAACAACGGUUCCGUUUUGGAAUCUCAAAGAUGACAUAGAGAGCUGUGGCUAGAAGAUAUCAGGCGAUGGGUUACUAAAACAGCUCUACCUAGAGAUUGGUACACACAAUUUCUAAUCCGCUUUCUGAUUUGACAAGCAGAGAAGUCAUGUAAGUCGCUCUGGAUAAGAGCGUCUGCUAAAUGACUAAAAUGUAAAUGUAAAAUGUAAGUAGUAGAUUUCCUACUUUUAAAAUGGUUCUAUAACUUGUUGCGUUAGUGGUCAAAACGGCAGUUGUUUGGAAAGUAGUGAAUCUGCUAGCUUCUGACAUGAUUUACUGCAGCUGGAAAGAGAGCACACGAUGGGUUACUAAAACGGCUCUAGUUACAGAUUGGUACGCACGAUUUCGAAUCUGAUUGCGGAAUUGACAAGCAGAGAAGUACGGCAGUUGUUUGGGAAAAGUUGGAAGAACACGUGGUAAUGCAGUUACUAAAACAGCUGUGCCGUAAGUUCCGUAGUGAAUAUUUUGAUUCCGCAAACAGAUAUGAAUAGCAGAGAAGUAGACGAAUAUCCCAUACCCUCUAACUUUUUGUCUAACUUGUUGGGGUAGUGUUCAAAACGGCAAUUUGCAAAAAUGUUAUAGAAAAUGUUGUUGAUGCGGUUCACUUAAACUGCUGUAUCCUUUUAUCCAAAUAUUUUAUGUCCAAACGCCAGAUUUGAGUAGCAGAGAAGAAAAGGAAGAUGGGAACGCUUUAACUUUUUGUCUAAGUUGUUGCAUAGUGGAAAAACUUGCUGAAUCGUGUCAAAAGUUGCAUGAUUUCACUUACAGAAAACGGACUGAAAAAUGUAUAAUGUAAAAAGUAUAACAGAUAUCAAAAAGUUGUAUACAAGCAACUCGAUCGAGACCGUUCCGCAUGUUUUGAAGUUUGAACGUUGUUUCUAGCUUAAACGGUGUAGGAGGAGUAGCGUGCAGAAUAAUAAUAAUAAUAAUAACUAGAUGGUAACUUUACAAGUAAAGUUGUGGGGCUUGCAAAAGCUCUUUAAAAGUUUUUUUGUGGUAAUGAAAGAAGUUUAAAAAAUUGCACUUUGAUUAUAUUAUUCCCAUUUUGAAAUCAUUUUUAAUUCCCAUCAAUAGUCAGUAGAUUUGGUCAGAAGUUGUGGUCAGUAGUAGUGGUCAGUAGUUAUGUGGUUCAAUUGUUGUGGUCAGUAGUUGUGUGGUUGUGGUCAAGUUCUGUGGAUAUGGUCAGUAGUUAGAUGUUUGGUCAGAAGUUGUGUGGUCAGAAGUUGUGUGGUUGUUGUCAGUACUUGUGGUCCUUAGAUAUGGUCAGAAGUUGUGUGGUUCUGGUCAAAAGAAAGUUCUGUGGAUAUGGUCAGAAGUUGUGUGGUUGUGGUAUGUAAUUGUGUGGUUGUGGUCACUAGAUAUGGUAAGCAGUUGUGUGGUUGCAGUCAGAAGUUGUGUGGUUGUGGUCAGUAGUAGUGUGGUUGUUGUCAGUAGUUGUAGUCAUUAGAUGUGGUCAGAAGUUAUGUUUUUGUGGUCAGUGGUUGUGGUCAGUAGUUGUGUGGUUGUGGUCAGAAGUUGAGUGGUUGUGGUCAGAAGGUUUGUGGUUCUGGUCAGAAGUUGUGUGGUUGUGGUCACUAGAUGUGGUCAGAAGUUGUGUUUUUGUGGUCAGUAGUAUGUCGAAUAUCUAAACUGGGGCUCUUGCUGCACAAUCCCCACAAUAAUAAUAAGAAGUAUGUCGAAUUUCUAAGCUGGGGAUCUUGCUGCGCAAGUCCCACAUUCAUAUUAAGACGUAUGUCGAAUAUCUAAGCUGGGGAUCUUGCUUUGCAAGCCCCACAAUAAGUAGUAUGUUGAAUAUCUAAGCUGGGGCUCUUGCUGUGCCAGCCCCACAAUAAUAAGAAGCAUGUUGAAUAUCUAAGUUGGGGCUCUUGCUGCACAAGCCCCACAAUAAUAAUAAUAAGAAGUAUGUUGAAAUUCUAAGCUGGGGAUCUUGCUGCGCAAGUCCCACAUUCAUAUUAAGACAUAUGUCGAAUAUCUAAGAUGGGGCUCCUGCUGCGCAAGCCCCACAAUAAUAAGAAGCAUGUUGAAUAUCUAAGCAGGGGCUCUUGCUGCACAAGCCCCACAAGAAGUAUGUUGAAUAUCUUAGCUGGUGCUCUUGCUGCGCAAGCCCCACAAUAAUAAUCUGAAAAAGUAUGUUGAAUAUCUAAACUGGGGCCCCACAAUAAUAAUAAGUAUGUCGAAUAUCUAAGCAGGGGAUGUUCCUGCGCAAGCCCCACAAUAAUAAGUAUGUUGAAUAUAUCUAAACUGGUGCUCUUGCUACGCAAGUCCCACAAUAUCAAAUAUGUUGAAUAUCUAAGCUGGGGAUCUUCCUGUACAAGCCCCACAAUAAGAAAUAUGUUGAAUAUCUAAGCUGGGGCUCUUGCUGCGCAAACCCCACAAUAAUAAUAAGAAGUAUGUCGAAUAUUUUUGUCUAACUUGUUGGGUUAGUGGUCAAAAUGGUAAUAAGAAGUAUGUAGAAUAUCUAAGCUGGGGAUCUUGCUGUACAAGCACCACAAUAAUAAUAAGAAGAAGAAUAAGAAGUAGUAUGUUGAAUAUCUAAGCUGGGGGUCUUGCUGCACAAGCCCCACAAUAAUAAGUAUGUUGAAUAUCUAAGCUGGGGCUCUUGCUGCGCAAACCCCACAAUAAUAAUAAGAAGUAUGUUGAAUAUCUAAGCUGGGGCACUUGCUCACAAGCCCCACAAUAAUAAGAAGAAGUAUGUCGAAAAUCUAAGAUGGGGAUCUUCCUGCGCAAGCCCAACAAUAAUAAUUAUGUUGAAUAUCUAAACUGGGGAUCUUCCUGCGCAAGCCCCACAAUAAUAAUAAGAGGAAGUAUGUCGAAUAUUUUUGUCUAACUUGUUGGGUUAGUGGUCAAAAUGGUAAUAAGAAGUAUGUAGAAUAUCUAAGCUGGGGAUCUUGAUUCGCAAGCCCCACAAUAAGUAGUAUGUUGAAUAUCUAAGCUGGGGCUCUUUCUGUGCAAGCCCAACAAUAAUAAGAUGAAGUAUGUCGAAUAUCUAAGCUGGGGCUCUUGCUGCGCAAGCCCAACAAUAAUAAGAAUGAGUAUGUCAAAUAUCUAAACUGGGGCUCUUGCUGCACAAUCCCCACAAAAAUAAUAAUAAGAAGAUGUAUGUUGAAUUUCUAAGCUGGGGCUCCUGCUGCGCAAGCCCCACAAUAAUAAGAAGCAUGUUGAAUAUCUAAGCUGGGGCUCUUGCGGCACAAGCCCCACUAAGUAUGUUGAAUAUCUUAGCUGGUGCUCUUGCUACGCAAGUCCCACAAUAAGAAAUAUGUUGAAUAUCUAAGCUGAGGCUCUUGCUGCGCAAGCCCCAAAAUAAUAAUAAUAAGUAUGUCAAAUAUUUGUGUCUAACUUGUUGGGUUAGUGGUCAAAAUGGUAAUAAGAAGUAUGUAGAAUAUCUAAACUGGGGCUCUUGCUGCACAAUCCCCACAAUAAUAAUAAGAAGAAGUAUGUCGAAUUUCUAAGCUGGGGAUCUUGCUGCGCAAGUCCCACAUUCAUAUUAAGACGUAUGUCGAAUAUCUAAGCUGGGGAUCUUGCUUUGCAAGCCCCACAAUAAGUUGUAUGUUGAAUAUCUAAGCUGGGGCUCUUGCUGUGCCAGCCCCAAAAUAAUAAGAAGCAUGUUGAAUAUCUAAGCUGGGGCUCUUGCUGCACAAGCCCCACAAGAAGUAUGUUGAAUAUCUUAGCUGGUGCUCUUGCUGCGCAAGCCCCACAAUAAUAAUCUGAAAAAGUAUGUUGAAUAUCUAAACUGGGGCCCCACAAUAAUAAUAAGUAUGUCGAAUAUCUAAGCAGCGGAUGUUCCUGCGCAAGCCCCACAAUAAUAAGUAUGUUGAAUAUAUCUAAACUGGUGCUCUUGUUAGGCAAGUCCCACAAUAACAAAUAUGUUGAAUAUCUAAGCUGGGGAUCUUCCUGUGCAAGCCCCACAAUAAGAAAUAUGUUGAAUAUCUAAGCUGGGGCUCUUGCUGCGCAAGCCCCACAAUAAAAAUAAUAAGAAGUAUGUUGAAUAUCUUUGUCUAACUUGUUGGGUUAGUGGUCAAAAUGGUAAUAAGAAGUAUGUCGAAUUUCUAUGCUGGGGAUCUUGCUGUGCAAGUUCCACAUUCGUAUUAAGACGUAUGUCGAAUAUCUAAACUGGGGCUACUGCUGCGCAAGCCCCACAAUAAUAAGAAGCAUGUUGAAUAUCUAAACUGGGGCUCUUGCUGCACAAGCCCCACAAUAAGUAUGUUGAAUAUCUUAGCUGGUGCUCUUGCUACGCAAGUCCCACAAUAAGAAAUAUGUUGAAUAUCUAAGCUGGGGCUCUUGCUGCGUAAGGCCCAAAAUAAUAAUCUGAAGAAGUAUGUUGAAUAUCUAAGCUGGGGCUCCUGCUGCGCAAGCCCCACAAUAAUAAGAAGCAUGUUGAAUAUCUAAGCUGGGGCUCUUGCUGCACAAGCCCCACAAUAACAAUAAGAAGAAGUAUGUUGAAUAUUUUUGUCUAACUUGUUGGGUUAGUGGUCAAAACGGUAAUAAGAAGUAUAUCGAAUAUCUAGGCUGGGGCUCUUGCUGCGCAAGCCCCACAAUAAUAAUAAUAAUAAUAAUAAUAAUAAUAACAAGAAUAAGUAUUAUGUUGAAUAUCUAAGCUGAGGCUCUUGCUGCACAAGACCACAAUAUUAAUAAGAAUUAUGUUGAAUAUCUAAGCUGGGGCUCUUGCUGCGCAAAACCCACAAUAAUAAUAAGAGCUAUGUUGAAUAUCUAAGCUGGGGCUCUUGCUGCGCAAGCCCCACAAUAUUAAGUAUGUUGGAUAUCUAAGCUGGGGCUCUUGUUGCGCAAGCCCCACAAUAAGAAAUAUGUUGAAUAUCUAUGCUGGGGCUCUUGCUGCGCAAGCCCCACAAUAGUAAUAAAAAUAAGAAGAAGUAUGUCGAAUAUCUAAGAUGGGGCUCUUGCUGCGCAAGCCCCACAAUAAUAAAUAUGAUGAAUAUCUAAGCUGGGGCUCUUGCUGUGCAAGCCCCACAAUAAUAAUAAUAAUAAUAAUAAGAAGAAGAAGAAGUAUGUCGAAUAUUGUUGUCCAACUUGUUGGGUUAGUGGUCAAAACGGUAAUAAGAAGUAUGUCGAAUAUCCAAGCUGGGGCUCCUGCUGCACAAGCCCCACAAUAAGAAGUAUGUAGAAUAUAUAAACUGGGAUUCUUGCUGCGCAAUCCCCACAAUACUAAUACUAAUAAUAUGAAGAAGAAGUACACUACCGGUCAAAAGUUUUAGAACACCUACUCAUUCGACUGUUUUUCUUUAUUUUUACUAUUUUCUACAUUGUAGAAUAAUAGUGAAGACAUCAAAACCAUGAAAUAACACAUAUGGAAUCAUGUAGUAACCAAAGAAGUGUUAAACAAAUCAAAAUAUAUUUUAUAUAUACUUACUGCGCAUGCCCCACAAUAAUAAAAACUAGUAAGUUGAAUAUCUAAACUGGGGCUCUUGCUGAGCAAGCCCCACAAUAAUAAGAAGAAGUAUGUCGAAUAUUUUUGUCUAACUUGUUGGGUUAGUGGUCAAAACGGUAAUAAGAAGUAUGUUGAAUAUCUAAGCUGGGGCUCUUGCUGCGCAAACCCCACAAUAAUACGUACAGUGGGGGAAAAAAGUAUUUAGUCAGCCACCAAUUGUGCAAGUUCUCCCACUUAAAAAGAUGAGAGAGGCCUGUAAUUUUCAUCAUAGGUACACGUCAACUAUGACAGACAAAAUGAGGAAAAAAAUUCCUGAAAAUCACAUUGUAGGAAUUUUUAUGAAUUUAUUUGCAAAUUAUGGUGGAAAAUAAGUAGUUUGGUCAAUAACAAAAGUUUCUCAAUACUUUGUUAUAUACCCUUUGUUGGCAAUGACACAGGUCAAACGUUUUCUGUAAGUCUUCACAAGGUUUUCACACACUGUUGCUGGUAUUUUGGCCCAUUCCUCCAUGCAGAUCUCCUCUAGAGCAGUGAUGUUUUGGGGCUGUCGCUGGGCAACACAGACUUUCAACUCCCUCCAAAGAUUUUCUAUGGGGUUGAGAUCUGGAGACUGGCUAGGCCACUCCAGGACCUUGAAAUGCUUCUUACGAAGCCACUCCUUCGUUGCCCGGGCGGUGUGUUUGGGAUCAUUGUCAUGCUGAAAGACCCAGCCACGUUUCAUCUUCAAUGCCCAUGCUGAUGGAAGGAGGUUUUCACUCAAAAUCUCAAAAUACAUGGCCCCAUUCAUUCUUUCCUUUACACGGAUCAGUCGUCCUGGUCCCUUUGCAGAAAAACAUGAUGAUGUUUCCACCCCCAUGCUUCACAGUAGGUAUGGUGUUCUUUGGAUGCAACUCAGCAUUCUUUGUCCUCCAAACACGACGAGUUUAGUUUUUACCAAAAAGUUCUAUUUUGGUUUCAUCUGACCAUAUGACAUUCUCCCAAUCCUCUUCUGGAUCAUCCAAAUGCACUCUAGCAAACUUCAGACGGGCCUGGACAUGUACUGGCUUAAGCAGGGGGACACGUCUGGCACUGCAGGAUUUGAGUCCCUGGCGGCAUAGUGUGUUACUGAUGGUAGGCUUUGUUACUUUGGUCCCAGCUCUCUGCAGGUCAUUCACUAGGUCCCCCCGUGUGGUUCUGGGAUUUUUGCUCACCGUUCUUGUGAUCAUUUUGACCCCACGGGGUGAGAUCUUGCGUGGAGCCCCAGAUCGAGGGAGAUUAUCAGUGGUCUUGUAUGUCUUCCAUUUCCUAAUAAUUGCUCCCACAGUUGAUUUCUUCAAACCAAGCUGCUUACCUAUUGCAGAUUCAGUCUUCCCAGCCUGGUGCAGGUCUACAAUUUUGUUUCUGGUGUCCUUUGACAGCUCUUUGGUCUUGGCCAUAGUGGAGUUUGUAGUGUGACUGUUUGAGGUUGUGGACAGGUGUCUUUUAUACUGAUAACAAGUUCAAACAGGUGCCAUUAAUACAGGUAACGAGUGGAGGACAGAGGAGCCUCUUAAAGAAGAAGUUACAGGUCUGUGAGAGCCAGAAAUCUUGCUUGUUUGUAGGUGACCAAAUACUUAUUUUCCACCAUAAUUUGCAAAUAAAUUCAUUAAAAAUCCUACAAUGUGAUUUUCUGGAUUUUUUUCCCUCAAUUUGUCUGUCAUAGUUGACGUGUACCUAUGAUGAAAAUUACAGGCCUCUCUCAUCUUUUUAAGUGGGAGAACUUGCACAAUUGGUGGCUGACUAAAUACUUUUUUUCCCCAGUGUAUGUUGGAUAUCUAAGCUGGGGCUCUUGCUGCGCAAGCCCCACAAUAAUAAAUAUGAUAUAAGAGUGUGCAAUACUAUCAUCAAGGCAAAGGGUGGCCAUUUGAAGAAUCUCAAAUAUAAAAUAUAUUUUGAUUUGUUUAACACUUUUUUUGUUAAUACAUGAUUCCAUGUGUUAUUUCAUAGUUUUGAUGUCUUCACUAUUAUUCUACAAUGUAGAACAUAGUAAAAAUAAAGAAAAACUCUUGAAUGAGUAGGUGUUCUAAAACUUUUGACCGGUAGUGUAUGUCGAAUAUCUAAGAUGGGGCUCUUGCUGCGCAAGCCCCACAAUAAGAAUAAGUAUUUUGAAUAUCUAAGCUGGGGCUCUUGCUGCGCAAGCCCCACAAUAAGUAGUAUGUAGAAUAUCUAAGAUGGGGCUUUUGCUGCGAAAGCCUCCAAAUAAUUAUGCACUUUCUAAAUUGGCCUACAAAUACAUACACCAUAUGCAUUGUGACAGCAUGGUAUACCAGGGAUACCGGACACUCACACAAAAACCGGGAAAAUAAACUACAAAAAAUAACAGCUGAUGAAACUGUGGGUUUGCACAAUUGCAGAAUUUCUGCACAAACUGUCAGAAACCGUCUCAGGGAAGCUAAUCUGCAUGCUCGUUGUCUUCACCAGGGUCUUGACCAAGGGUAGUCGGUGCUGUUCAAGAUGAGGAAGGAUGAUUUUAUUUUUUUAUAUGAACAUGGCCUUAUUUCUAUUACAGCAUAUUUGAUGACUGUCAUUCAUAUUCCAUUCACCCAGCUCAAUGUAUAAACAAUAUAGGUUUAGGCUACUACAUGAUACUAACAUUUUCCCUGUACCCAUCAUGAGGUUACUACAACCUAGCCUAUGAAUUAAAGUUUACAACGUAGGUGCGCAGGUCGAGAGAAUUGAGUAAUCAAGGUGACAGACAGUGACACAUUCAAUACCGCCUUGUACACUCUUGCCUGAAUCUAGCUGAUCUAGGGUGUAAUCAUUAGUCCAACAGUUGCAAAUUAGUUUUUAUUGGACAAAUUCAGGUAUGUUUAUCCCCGUUUAAGAAAUGUUUUUCUACAGAAUCGGCGCAAUGAAUACAUCCCUGAUCAGACGCAAACACAGUUCACUUUCAUAGCAGCCACAUACAAACAGCUCGUUGUAUAUAUAGUUCCUUCUCGCAUCUAUCUACUACGCACUCUCCUCCUCUCACCUUUUCCCUUCGCAUGUGGACUUCAGUGCACAACACAUCAGCUGUCUGUGACCAGGCGAAAAAAUAUUUCCAAGCCAAACCGUCAUAUCAUGUCUGCUAACCGCUAUACACAGCCCCUACAUUGUUGUCACGUCAUAGUCAACAUAGCUACUAGAGCUAACGUGUUAGUAAACCCGUUACAAUCAUGCAGUCCAGUCAGCAGCAAGCAGUUUAGUAGUUACACCCACAGGCCCCGGUGGCAAUAAAUGAAUAAAACCAAAAGCUUACCUUGACUUGGAAAAGUUCCAGUGUUGGAUAGCCAGCUAGCUAACAUAGCAUCCCUCUCUGUUGGAGCUGGGUGUUUGAGUAGGCUAAACUAGCUAGCUGCAUUCGAUGCUAGUUAAGCAAGUAAAAGUGAAAAAAUAUAUACUACGAAAUCUCUCUAGAAAUUAAUUUGUUUAAAACAGUUCAAUUAUUGUCUCUCUCUUUGAGUCAACUACUCACCACAUUUUAUGCACUGCAGUGCUAGCUAGCUGUAACUUAUGCUUUCAGUACUAGAUUCAUUCUCUGAUCCUUUGAUUGGGUGGACAACAUGUCAGUUCAUGCUGCAAGAGCUCUGAUAGGUUGGAGGACGUCCUUCGAAAGUUGUCAUAAUUACGGUUUAAGUCUUUUGAACGGAGUGAGAACCAUGAGCCUCCUAGGUUUUGUAUUGAAGUCAAGACAGAAGCUAGCUGUCCUCCGGGUACACCAUGGUUCUACCCUACAUAGUGCUGCUGAGGCUACUGUAGAACUUCAUUGCAAAAUAGUGUUUUAAUCAAUUAUUUGGUGACGUGAAUACAUUUAGUGUCGUUUUAUCUGAAAUACAUACCUUUAAUGUUAAAAAAAGAAAAAAGAAAAAAUGAAAUUCACUGAGGAUGGUCCUCCCCUGAGGAGCUUCCACUGGUCUUGACCUGACUGCAAUUCGGCGUCGAAACCGACUUCAGUGGACAAAUGCUCACCGUCGCUGACCACUGGUACACUGGAGAAGUGUGCUCUUCAACGAUGAAUCCCGAUUUCAACUGUACCGGGCAGAUGGCAGACAUGGCGCCAUGUGCGCGAGCGGUUUGCUGAUGUCAAGGUUGUGAACAGAGUGCCCCAUGGUGGUGGUGGGAUUAUGUUAUGGGCAGGCAUAAACUACGGACAACGAACACAAUUGCAUUUCAUCGAUGGCAAUUUGAAUGCACAGAGAUACCGUGACGAGAUCCUGAAGCCCAUUGUCGUGCCAUUAAUCCGCUGCCAUCACCUCCUGUUUCAGCAUGAUAAUGCACAGCCCCAUGUUGCAAGGAUCUGUACACAAUUCCUGGAAGCUGAAAAUGUCCCAGUUCUUCCAUGGCCUGCAUAUUCCCCAGACAUGUCACCCAUUGAGCAUGUUUGGGAUGUUCUGGAUCGACAUGUACGACAGCAUGUUCCAGUUCCUGUCAAUAUCCAGGACUGGGACAACAUUCCACAGGCCACAAUCAACUGCCUGAUCAACUCUAUGCGAAGGAGAUGUCGUGCUGCAUGAGCCUUUUUUUUUUUCAAGGUAUCUGUGACCAACAGAUGCAUAUCUUUAUUCCCAGUCAUGUGAAAUCCAUAGAUUAGGGCAUAAUACAUUUAAAUUGACUGAUGUCCUUAUAUGAACUGUAACUCUGUAAAAUCUUUGAAAUUGUUGCAUGUUGCGUUUAUAUUUUUGUUUAGUGUAGAAAACAAAAGGCUCAUACAUGCUUAUAACAAGUUAUAAAGCAUUAUAGCUACAGGCUUUAAAAGUUACAGAUAAAACAAAUAAAUCAUGUUUUCCUUCCUCAAUUUAACCUUUAUCUUAUGUUUUUCAAAACUCUUUCUGGAAAUAAAUGGGUUCAGACUUGACACUGGAGCCAGUCGAUUUUGCACUGAGAGCUUUUGUUGUUGUUUUCCAGCUCGUAACAGUUGGAAGAGGAGUUAUUUUGAUACCAAGAAGGCCACAGCACCUUUAGAAGUCACACUGAAAAGUCUUCGUCAAGAGCUGGAGAUAUUCUACAAUAACAUCCUACACCAGCUAAAGGCGAGGGAUGGAGGAGGCAAGCCCAGAUGGCAGGGAAGAAUGUCCAGCACCAAAGUAACAAUAGUCCUUCAACUGAAGUGUGCUCCCCUCCCCAAACAUUUAAAAGCAUUGGAUUGGUUGAAGCAUUGGCUAGAUAGUUUCCACCACAUUUCUUUUACUUUUAAAUCUGAGAAGGAAGUGGAGUUUUUUACUUUUAAAUCUGAGAAGGAAGUGAACAAGUGCACACUUCUGCAGAUUAUUGGGACGCAAAGUUGAUUCACUGUUUAAGGUUCAGUAAGGCCAUAGCAACAAUGUCAGUUUGACUGUGCCACAAUGUCCACUAGAGGGAAUCAGUUCAUAUUGUGGUCAAUACAGACCAUGUCAUUAUUAUAGACAGUGGUGUAAAAAUACUUUGAAGUACUACUUAAGUAGUUUUUUGUGUGUAUCUGUACUUUACUAUUUCUAAUUUGGACAACUUUUACUUUACUACAUGUACUUUUUACUCGAAUCAUUUUGCUUGACACCCAAGUACUCGUUACAUUUUGAAUGCUUUGCAGGACAGAAAUUGUUAAAUUCACACACUUAUCAAGAGAACAUCCCUGGUCAUCUCUACUGCCUCUCUGGCGGACUCACUAAACACAAACGCUUUGUUUGUAAAUUAUGUCGGAGUGUUGUUUUCUUUGAUAGCCAGGGGCAAAAAAAACAAAAACAUUUUGCCAUCUGGUUUGCUUAUUGUAAGGAAUUUGAAAUUAUUUAUACUUUUACUUUUGAUACUUCAAGUAUAUUUAAAAUCAAAUACUUUUAGACUUUUACUCAAGUAGUAUUUUACUUGAGUCAUUUUCUAUUAAGGUAUCUUUACUUUUACUCAAGUAUGACAAUAGGGUACUUUUUCCACCAUGUUCAGAAUGAGCUCAUUAUCCAGAUAAUGACAGAGAGCCAUGAGAUUGACAACCUAAGGAGGAAGGUGGAUGAUGCCAAGAUGAAGCUUGUCACAGAGAUCAAGGUAUUAAAAUAAUAUUUAUUGGAAUUUGACUCCCUCAUAACUCUACAAAUGUAAAUACAAUUCUCCUUUAUUUUUCCAUCCCUGUUUAUCUCAUGGGGAAAAACUACAGUAUGUUAUUUAAGGCCUCAGUUGAAAAAUAUUUGAUCUUGUGAGAAGAAGGCAGAAAUGUCUGUUAUCAACUUUUACAUGGGGCUUGGGCAGGAGGUGGAGAGCUUUGCUGGACAGACAGUGCUCAAUGUUUUCUCAUUGAUGUACUUCCUUGUUUAUUUCCUUCUAGCUCAGGAAGCAGGCUGCCACAGAGCUGAGAGCCUUGAAGGCUGAGCUGGCCCAGAAGAAGACCCAGACAUCUCUCUCUGGAUCCAUGGGCUUUGGAGCAGGAGCAUGGGACAGACCACAGGCUCAAAGCAUCCCUAACUGA